AAAAAUUAGGGCCUUCAAUUUGUGGUACUACUCAAACAGUCAGCAUUAAGCAAAGAAUUAACUGGACGUGCCUGAUUUUGUCUGUAAAGGGAGGAUUCAUAUUUUUUUGAUUAUUUAUUUUGAGAAAGUUUGAUUUCCUUUUUAAAUAAUUUAAGAACCACUAUAUGUUAGGAAGCUACCUUGCAAUCUCACAGCUUUCUUACUUUUCGCUGCAUAUUAGUUCCGUCCAGGCUCUAAGCUACCUUGGGUAACAUUUUUCUCAAAGCUAACUUGGGUAGAAUUUUUUGCAAUUAGAGCUAAUGCAAAUGGGAGAUAAUUUUGAAGUCGUGAUUGGAACUGAGGAUUCGUCUUUACAAACAACAGGUUCCAGUAAUAUUAACAUGUUUCCAGAUAUGCUAAAACAUCUGGUAUGCUCUCCUGCAUUUAUAUCGAUACUGCUAGCACUUUGCUUGGCAACUUCCACAAUCAAUAUACUCAUAGACACUUCCAUGCUUUUCGAAUGGCUUGCAUUUUUUCUCUUUGUAUGUUGUACUUGUGUUUUUAGUCGCAUGAUUGUCACUGCUCUCGUUUUUCUCACUGAAAGAUAUUUCGUGAUGAGAAGAGACAAGACCCUGUAUUUUGUUUUUGCUUUGAAAACAACUGUGGUGUACUUCUUCUGCUCUUGUUCAAUCCUUUCCUCUUGGAUUUUAUAUUUCAAACCUCUGAUGAGUUCUUUUGCUAUUCGUUUUAUUACGAGUUCACUUGCUACUAUUGUGAUUGCCACUGGGAUGUGGAUAUUUAAGAUUGUGAUAUUGAAGGUAUUGGACUGUCACUUUCAUGACAAGAAUUUCUUCCGGAACAUGCAAAAUCAGAUCUAUCACGAGUACGUUCUUCAGACGAUGUUAAUGAAACCUACACGAGAAUUUGAUGAAUCUAAUAACAGUACUAUAGGUGCUCAACUGAAAUGGAUCAAAGGAGCAUUUGGUAAUAUGUUGCUUCUCGCGUGUACAAGAUUACAUACCAUCUGCGAUGGACUAGACAGCUCUAAUUUUGUCGACGAGCAUCAAGUUGAAUAUGUUAUCUCCAUGGUUUUCAAGAAUUUAACAAAUAAUACGCACAGAGAUAUACAAGAAACUGACCUUUUAUGGGUCAUGAAGAAAGAAGAAAUAACAGAGGUUCUUCAGUUGUUCGAAGGAGCUGGCGAAACAAAAAGCAUCACUGAAGCUUCUUUAAGAAAGUGGAUGGUGAAACUUAGCAAUGAGCGCAAACUUUUGGUUCAUCUGUUGCAUAGUACUAGCACUGUCAUCGAGGAGUUAAAUAAAGUUAUCUUGGUAAACUUAUUCUCCUUGGUAGCUCUUGUGUGGUAUCUUCUGAUGGGGUUCGGAACAACCAGAUUUAUAGUCUAUAUCUCAUCCGACCAUCUAUUCCUGUUGGUAUUUAUAUUUGGAAAUUUCUGCAAAAUGAUUUGCGAUGGAAUUAUGCUUGCUAUUGUGAUGCAUCCGUUUGACAUAGGCGACCUUUGUAUCAUUGACAACGAGCAGGUGGUCAUUGAAAAAAUAGGGCUUAUCAGUACAGAUUUUUUGAAGGAUAACAAUUGGAAAGUACAGUGUCUGAAUUCUGUACUACUCACCAAGUUUAUCAGCAAUUUAAACCGGAGCUCUGAUUUGACUGAUGAUUUUGAGAUUCUUAUCAGUAGUUCAACUUCCUCGGAAACUAUUGCAGUCCUAAAGCUUAAGAUAAAAGAAUUACUAGGAAGUAAUCCUGAAAGUUGGCAUGCAGAGCACUGUUUUAACACUAUAGUCAUAGAUGAUGUGAAUGCUAAAUAUAACCUCGUGAUCACUCAUGCCAGAAAAUUUCAGAACUACAAGGAGAAGAAAUGCCAAAGAUCUGAGUUCGUUCAAAAUCUGAGAGCAGUUUUGUUAGAGCUCAAUAUUCAGAACUUCGCCAUUCAGUAAUGCAUGUGGGGUCCCGGAAAUCUAUGUUCUGUUACUGUCUUGGUAACUUCUUGAUCACCAUCAAAACAACACGUAAAUAUUUGCUAAUUAGCAUUGUACAUAGGCCUGCAUUAUUAAGGAAGUUGCUAGUUAGCAUUGUAUAUAGGCUUGCAUCAAGAACGGGAGUUCCUAAUUAGCAUUGUAAUUAGGUUUGCAUCAAUAAAACAGGUUGCUAGUUAGUAUUGUAAAUAGGUUUGCAUUGAUGCUAAAUGCCGUGUGCUGUGUGUAUCAAGAAUUUACAUUAAGCUUGUCUGGUUGUAUUUAUGUGCAUUGUUCAAGCCUGCAGUGAGCCGCCUAUCA